UGGUGGACUUCCUGCCUGUUAGGUCGCACUCGGGGAUCGACACUUUUUGUCUGUCAUGACGAUGGUGUGCUGGAGAUUCAGCUCCUAUGGUGAGUAGUUCAAAAACCUUCUUUUUAGUAAACUCUGCGUUCUCAGUGCUCAUGUUCAUGUGUCAAGACCCUGGUGAUACUAUGAGCAAAGUUUUAUGUUGUGUCAAGACUUCUUAGUGUUUUAAACAUAUCGAUGUUGAUGCUAGCAUAAGAGUGCCCCUGCACCCCAGUGAAAAUCAGCUUGCCCGGAAACGAAACUACAUUAAGUCUUAAAAGUGCCUCUUUCGUUGUAAUUAUGCUUUUACACGAAGGUUUGACUCAUAUUCAAUUGCAGAUAAAGCCUUGGUUGCUUUUUGGCAAGAGUUUCACUUUAAGGUCACUUUGUUUAUUCAGUCAUGAAGAAAAGGGGGGAUUCUUUAUUUAGUUUGUUUAGGCAUAAAUAAAUCAGUAAUUGAAGAUCUUUCUCAUCUGAUUACAAUUUUUUUGCAAAAACAACAUGGUGCACCUUUAAAGCGGAUAUAAUAGUAGACACACUUUAUAUGUAAAAUAUAAUAAAUAGAGCAGCAACUAGCCUAAUUAUUAGUUUAAUACAAAUUAUUCUGCACGUUUUUGUCUUAUUGUAAACCUAAAGAUCUUAAAUUUACUGUCUAUCAGGAAGCAGGAAGUAUUUACAUUUGAGAACCUUUUUUUAAAUGACGGUAUCGAAUCACCCACCAAAACAGUUGCUGAUUAAUCUCAUAUUGAGAAAUCGAUUAAUCGUUUCGUAUUGCGUCACGUGUGUUCAGUUGGCCAGUGUGUUGUCAUCGCGGCUCGCUGCUGGAAGGUAUCCAGGUGUGCUGGCGCCACCUGCUGGCCGGCGUCCGCAACGUCACUGGCAACUCUGACUGCACGUGACACAUUUACAUCGUCACACAGACGCGUUACUGUCUCACACAAAGCGACUCGUGUUUUAACUCACGUUAAUAAACGAACAUCCGGACAUUUGUUGAGGACAUUUUUAUUAAUGAACGAGAUAAAAAUAAAUAAAUAAAUAAAUAAAUGAAACAUGAGGGAUUGAACACGUGAAUGUGUGGAGGCGCUCUGGAAGUCUUCACAGAUGAUUCAUGGUGGUUUCAGUGUCUUCCUGUGUGUAUCGAACCGUCGUGUAGUCAGCUGUCAUGUCACUGCUGCGUGCGUGUGUGUGUGUGUGUGUGUGUGUGUGUGUGUGAGAGAGAGAGAGAGAGAGAGAGAGAGAGAGAGAGAGAGCGCAUGUGUGCGGGUCCGUUAUUUUCCGGGUUGCUGCUCAUCGCCAGCGGUAGUUGCUCUGCUUCAGCCGCCAGCUGACACUCGUACGGGAGGAGGCGAGGUCAAACUUGAUCUCUCCCUCUCUGCGUGUCUGUGUGUGUGUGUCUGUCCGCCUGUCUGUCUGUCCGCCUGCCGGAGAGAGAGAGAGAGGACGCGAGGGAGGCAGGCAGCUAACUAGCGCAGAAUCAUCAUCAUCAUCAUCAUCAUCAUGGCGGAUCAAGGCGAAUCUCCGGCUCCUGUCCAGCAACCGGCGCUGACAACCAGCUGGCCAAUUACCAGGGAGUCGUACGAGCUGCAGGAAGUCAUAGGCAGCGGGGCCACAGCUGUGGUGCAGGCGGCCCUCUGCACCCCCAGACAGGAGCGUGUCGCCAUAAAGAGAAUAAACCUGGAAAAAUGCCAGACCAGCAUGGAUGAGCUAUUGAAAGAAAUCCAAGCGAUGAGCCAGUGCAACCAUCCCAACGUUGUCACCUACUACACCUCCUUUGUCGUGAAGGAUGAACUUUGGUUAGUCAUGAAGCUUCUGAGUGGAGGCUCCAUGCUGGAUAUAAUUAAGCACACAAGCAAGGAGGAGGACAGAAAUCGAGCGCUAGACGAGCCUAUUAUUGCUACUAUAUUAAAGGAGGUCCUGGAGGGCCUGGAUUAUCUGCACAGAAACGGACAGAUCCACCGGGAUGUGAAAGCUGGGAACAUACUACUGGGAGAAGAUGGAUCUGUUCAGAUUGCAGAUUUCGGAGUAAGUGCGUUCCUAGCCACGGGCGGAGAUAUGACUAGAAACAAAGUACGAAAGACCUUUGUUGGCACACCGUGCUGGAUGGCGCCUGAAGUGAUGGAACAGGUUCGAGGCUAUGAUUUUAAAGCAGAUAUAUGGAGUUUUGGAAUCACGGCCAUAGAGUUAGCGACGGGCUCCGCACCCUAUCACCGCUACCCUCCCAUGAAGGUUUUAAUGCUCACCCUACAGAAUGAUCCCCCCACUCUAGAGACAGGUGUGGAGGACAAAGAAGUGCUAAAGAAAUACGGCAAAUCAUUUAGAAAGCUUAUAACUAUGUGCCUUCAGAAGGAUCCUGCCAAAAGGCCGACAGCCGCAGAGCUUUUGAAGUGUAAAUUCUUCCAAAAGGCCAAGAACAAAGAAUAUCUGGUUGAGAGGCUUUUGUGUCGCGCACCAAAGAUUUCCCAGCGAGCGAAGAGGGUGAGGAGAGUCCCAGGCUCCAGUGGCCACCUGCACAAGACGGAGGACGGAGACUGGGAGUGGAGCGACGACGAGCUGGACGAGGGCAGCGAGGAGGGCAAGGCAGCAGUGAAUCAGGGCAGGUCACGAAGGGUCAGAGAUGAGGCCAAAGAUAAUGAGGAGAAUGCCAACAAUGUCCCUAUUGAAGGCUUGUCUAUUCAGCAUCCCCAGGUCGAACCGUACGAGGAUUCCCAGUACAUACAAGGAGCUGUGAACAUGGUACUACGGCUAAGGAACUCCAGAAAAGAGCUGAAUGACAUCCGGUUUGAAUUCACUCCUGGCCGAGACACUGCUGAUGGCGUUUCCCAGGAACUGUUCUCCGCCGGCCUGGUCAACGGGCACGAUGUAGUUAUUGUUGCUGCUAACCUUCAGAAGAUUGUAGAUGACCCAACUACCUACAAAGUAUUGACCUUUAAGCUGGCAUCCGGCUGCGACGACACGGAGAUCCCGGACGAGGUGAAGCUGAUCGGCUUUGCACAGCUAAGCGUUUGCUGAUGCCCUCUUCAUGCCUGAAGCAGGUGAGACAGGGGGAGACAGUUCAGGGCACACAGACUGAGGAACACACCACCAUCUCCCCCAAACACCCCUCCCCUGAAAACUCACUCCUCCUCCUCCUCCUCCUCCUCCCCUCCCUCACUUGUUUCACCUUACCCCGAGGCUGAGCUCCACCUCCAAGCUACACCUCCUUUAGCGCCGACUUCCCCUGCUCACUGCCCCCCCCCGACCUUUAACCUUAAAAGCAUUCCACCGCCCAGCGCACAGACGGGAUCAGGAAACAGCCCAGGAACCUAAAGAUGUACUCAGGUGGUGACAUGAGGUGAUUAAGAUGUAGCUUUGAAUGUCUAUUUAUUUGUAUUUUUUCUCAUUUUUUGGUUUUUGUUUCACACCAUAUUACGUUUUGUGUUCAUCAAAGCUCUCAUUAUUUAUUGAAAUGAGAAGAUAUAUUUUUACUUUUGUUUGUGUUCUCACGCUGUUUUGUUGCCACACUGAAAAGAAAAAACAAAAAAAACAAAAAACAAAACAAAUUUGCUUUUUGACUCUCAUCUCACAAGCCCACUCAUUUGUGAUGUUUCCCUGAGGUCUUUGUCAGAAUGUGAGGUUUAGUUCAUUCAUGGAGUAAAGCACAUUUUUUCAUAAUAAUGUAAUGAAUGUCUGAAAAAUGAGAGUGGAUUAUAUUUCUGUGUCAAGACCUGUUUUUUUUUCCAUUGACAAGAAGGGAACUCUUCGUUUGAUUGUGCAGAAAAAAAAGACAAACAAAACGAGACCCGGAUGCUACUGUGUAUAAUUUGCUGCUCUCGACAGUGCUAAAUGCUUCAAAAAUGUUAGAGGUGCCUUGUUCAUUUUUCUGUGCCUAAGAAAGUAAAGUGAGACCACACGAAGAGCAGAAAACCCGCUGAUUACCAUUUCAUAAAUGUACUACUAUUACAGCAACGACACAAAUCAAGUAUCUUAACUUCACGAGACAAGCUACAAUGCACUUUCGGGCUGAGUGUGUGCACCCGGCCAGCAGAUGCUUAGCCCCCCGGAGACAAGACAAAUAAAAUGUAACGGAACCUGUAGUCAGUUAAUCAGCUCUGGUUGUGUUCAGACGCCAGGUUAAUACACGAAAACCACAACAGUUUGAUUUUUUUUUUCUCGCUCUGUCCUGCUGCACUACAAAACCUUUUUCGUUCCCCCCCCCCAAAAAAAAUAUAGUAGUUUCUAAAAAAUGUACUGUAUGACAAUGCAUCUGAGGAUGAAACCAAAAGGCAACUACUGAAAGGGUGACGAGCCAUUUGUUUGUCCAAACAAAGUCCAGUAGUACUAAAUUAUUUUUUAAGUAUUUGAGGUGGUAAAUAUUAAAUUCUACUAAAUUCUUUAUUAUGGAGUAAUUUAUUGUUGUUUUUUUUAUGUACAGUAUGAGUACCAUUUCAGCAUAUUACCCCUGUUCCCUCUCUGUAAUCAGCUGAUGUCAAGUUUCUGACGAGGAGCAACAAUAAAGAAUUGCUAUUAUUUGGAAA